AUGGAAGCGAUUGCGCUGCUCGAGCCAUUGCUGUCAGCCAAAGAGAACUUCGUUCGUCAAGGUGCUGUGAUUGCGAUGUCGUUCAUUCUGAUACAGCAAACCGAUGCGUGCUCGCCGAAAGUCAACGAGUUCCGCAAGACUCUCACUAAGAUGAUAACCGAGAAAGGUGAAGAUUCAAUCACGAAAUUAGGUGCAAUCCUAGCACAAGGUAUAAUUGAUGCCGGCGGUCGUAAUGUGACCAUCUCAUUGCACAAUCGCAGUGGACAUUCGGACAUGCAGAGUGUUGUCGGGACUUUUGUAUUUCUGCAGUACUGGUAUUGGCAUUCGUUAGCGCAUUUCGCAUCAUUAGCAUUCAAACCGACUUGUUUGAUUGGACUCAAUGCCAACUUAGAGAUGCCAAAAACGGAGUUCCGUUCAAACGCAAAGCCAUCGACGUUCGCAUAUCCGCCACCGCUUGAAGAGAAGAAGAAGGAGGAAAACGAAAAGGUUGAAACAGCGGUGCUUUCGAUUACGAACAAGAAGAAAAUGUCAACAGCUGAGAAGAAAGAAAAACGAGACGAAGCGAAAGAGAAAGAAAAGGAGAAGGAAAAGGAAAAGGACAAAGAGAAUCGUGAAGAGAAGAUGGAAGUGGAUACCACGUCCACAGCCGAUACGACUGCUUCUGAACAUAAAAUUGAGCCGAAAAGUGUAUCCAUAAAGGAGUCAGAGCCACUAACGCACAAUCUCCAAAAUCCGGCUCGUGUGGUGCGUCUACAACUGAAAACUCUUCAAAUGCCAGAGAAUAGUCGUUAUAAACCGUUGAAGUCUCUUUCGCAAGGUGGCAUCAUUAUGCUAAGGGACAAGAGGGCCGGUCAAGAGAAGGAGGAGAUAGUAGCUUUGGUGGCAGCUGGUGGUACGAGAGCAAACGAUGGCAAAGACUCAACUGAAGAAGCGACACCACAUGCACCGUUCGAAAUCAAUAUCGCUUCUUAUUAA